AUGAAAAAGAAACGCUUCAUGCAAUUGUACACUCACGUAUACGACUACUGUACUCUGGUGCACUCGAGUCAUAGACAAGAAAUCAUCCCACCUGCGGCAACCAUACACAUAGCGCCCAUACCAAUCGUUAGUCCAAGACGGACCGCUGCCGCGACUCCAUCCGGAGCUCAGUUCGUCGGCCAAUGUCUCUACGAGCGAUUGAGGGACUUUCUGACCAAUUAUCUCAAAGAUCUGCUGAAGAACGGUGAAGGACUAAUGGAUGAAGAGGUUCUCAAAUUCUACACACUACAGUGGGAAGAAUAUCAAUUUUCGUCACGGGUUCUCGACGGUAUAUGCUCGUAUCUGAACCGGCAUUGGGUAAAGAGGGAAUGCGAUGGCAAGCGUGAUGUCUUUGAGAUCUACCAGCUGGCUCUCGUCAGCUGGCGGGAGUACUUCUUCGCCCCGCUGCAUCAAGUGGUCACCGCGUCCGUUCUUCGGUUGAUCGAGCGGGAACGCAAUGGAGAGUGUGUUUCUACACGACUGAUCUCCGGUGUGAUAAAUUGUUACGUUGAGUUGGGUCUCAACGAGGAGAAUCCCCAAAUACGCGGUCCCAACCUGACAGUUUACCGGGAAGCAUUCGAGAACGCAGAGACCAAGCUUGCUGAGGAGCAGGACCGCGUUUAUCAUUACCUACACGAAACAACUUUACUUUCGCUGGCGAAAACAUGCGAGCGAGUCCUAAUCGAGAAGCAUCUCGAAGCCUUCCACAUGGAAUUCAAAACUCUCCUCACAAACGAAAAGAAUGAAGAUCUCAGCCGCAUGUUCAAAUUGGUCGCCAGAGUUCAGGACGGUCUCACCAUCCUGAGAGCGCACCUCGAGCGACACAUCACCGACCAGGGACAGGCAGCUCUCGAAGCCUGCGGAAGCGACGCAGAACCAAAGCAAUACGUGGCAGCGAUUCUUGAUGUUCAUAAGAAAUAUUCGCUCCUCGUCGAGACUUCAUUCAAAAAUGACGCUGGAUUCGUGGCGGCUUUGGAUAAAGCUUGCGGGAAGUUCAUCAACAACAACCACCAGACGAAACAAGCACAGUCUAGCUCAAAGAGCCCGGAACUACUGGCUCGGUACUGCGAUAUGUUAUUGAAGAAGAGCAACAGGAACCCCGAAGAGGCGGAAGUCGAAGAUGCCCUGAAUCAAGUUAUGAUUGUGUUCAAAUACGUCGAGGACAAGGACGUUUUCCAGCGUUUCUACUGUAAAAUGUUGGCAAAAAGGCUCGUGUCUCACAUGUCAGCGAGCGAUGAUGCUGAAGCGUCGAUGUUGACGAAGCUCAAGGCCGCCUGCGGGUUCGAAUACACCUCAAAACUCCAGCGCAUGUUCCAAGACAUCACGGUGUCGAAGGAGCUGAACGAUGUUUUCAAACGACAUCUCGAGGACACCCACGAGUCGCUCGGCAUGGAUUUCAGCAUCCAAGUGCUCAGUUCGGGCUCAUGGCCGUUCCAUCAAACCCUGGAGUUCACUUUACCCCACGCUCUGGAACGAAGUCUGCAGCGAUUUACUGCAUUCUAUUCCAAUCAGCAUUCGGGUCGCAAACUCACGUGGCUGUAUCAGAUGAGCAAAGGCGAAUUGAACGCCAAUUGCUUCGCGAAGAAGCUCAUUCUGCAAGCGUCAACGUUCCAGAUGGGGGUGCUUUUGUUGUUCAACAAUAGCUUUUCAUUGACCGUGCAACAAAUCCAGGAGGGGACAGGCAUGAAGACGGAACACGUCAAUCAGAUCGCUCAAAGCCUUGUCAAGAUGAAACUCUUCAAUAGUUCCAAUUCCGACGACGCCAACAUUGGCCCUCAAAGUGAGCUCACCGUCAACGAAACCUACAAGAGCAAGAAGUACCGAGUAAACAUCAAUCAGCCGAUGAAGACCGAGACGAAGACAGAACAAGAACAGACGCACAAGAACCUUGAAGAAAACCGGAUGGUCCUCAUACAAGCCGCAAUUGUGCGCAUCAUGAAAAUGCGGAAAGUCUACCACCAUCAACAAUUGAUCGUCGAGGUGCUAGAACAGCUGAGUUCGAGAUUCAAGCCCAUGGUGCAAACGAUAAAGAAAUGUAUCGAUCUUCUCAUCGAGAAGGAGUACUUGGCCAGAGUGGAAGGUCAGAGAGAUACAUACAACUACUUGGCCUAGAUCGCUGAGCCAGCCGGGGAAUUCGGGCGCUUUCAGGAGCUCUAGCUGCUUUUUUAAUGUAUCACUCAAUGAAACAUUUGGCAUCGAAGGGGUUUUCGGAGUUUUGUACGAAUUCAUGAGAGCGGAGACGCACCACAAGUUUGACUAUACGAUGCCUGCCUGCCCGUCUGCAAGCCAACCACCCACCAUCCAACCCAGCCACCCAAUUUCGGGAGAUCCCACCGUGAGAUCGCGGGACGGAUUUGCAGCGUGAGGCUCGAUGGCGAGAUAGAACAGAUUCGAUCUAGCUGAAA